GACAAUAUUUGCUUUGUUAUCUCUCAUGUUCACAAUUUAUCGGACUUCAAACCCACAAGCUCCAUAUGUCAUCUACCCCUCGAGCCUGUCCAUGUACGGAUAUGGGUAUCCUCUUUGGCAUCCUGAGCCGCACCGAACGGGAGAACCCCAGAUCGGAGACGUAGGCUAUAUACACGAGGGGGCAUUUGUUAGACUUUUCAAUAUCAACACCUCUGCUAAGGAACACGAAGUGAAAUCCUGGUCUAACCCCUUCGACAUCACCAACGACCUCCCGCCAGAUGUGUUUUGCGUAGAUCAGCGGCAUGCCCUCAUAGGCCCUGGACGUUUCCCGAGUCGAGGCGUAGAGCAGAAGCAGAUACGUGGGGCAGUUACAGGGUGGGUAUGAUACUAUUGGUGGCGCAGAUAUAUCUGAGCUCUUGCAGAGGUCCUUCUACCGAUGCAGGAGCGGCCUUAAGUGCAGGCUAUACGUGCAAGGAAGUACAAGGAGCGCUGCUGCACCUAAAGAGCGAGGCCUAUACCGAGAGGCUGUACCAAAAUCGGAGGAUAGAGGCGUACAUGAUCCACGAACAUGAACGCUGGUGCUCAUACGUGAAGGAUGGGGUCGGUCACCGCGUAGAACCGGAAGAUAUAGUCCUUAUCAGUGGAUGGGUGAAAACACCAGCAGAUUGGGCAACAGCCGCAUUCAGCAACACAAGUAAGACAUACGAAAUGUCACUAGCAGGUCAGAUAGGGCAGAUCGUAGGCGCGAAACUGUCCGGGUCGCGCACUAGGACACAAUCCGGUCCUAAAGCCCACCGACGAGGAACGAAGUACUCGAAGGGCGCGGGCCGAAAUUCUACGAAGGACCAGUCUGUAUUUGUUAAACGUUACAAGAUCAAGAAGAUGCUCGGAAUAUUGCGGGUCCUUAUUGCUGGCGCUGGCGGAGGCAGUCUGCCGCCUGGCGACAGAGAUCCUGGGACGGUAGCGGGAGUCGUUGCUGAGGAAGAGUGGUCAGGCGAUGAGGAUCUUGGCCCUGAUGAUCUUGGGUCCGAGCACGCACUUUUUUCCGAAGGACAGGUUCAUUUUUCUCCUGUUGUCAAACGUCGACGAUCGCUAAAAUGGUAAUAGGGGAAAGUCAUAGACCCCCUAGACGUCCUUCUCGACUACAUUCUAGAGGUAAAGACAUUA